AUGUCGUUGGCCGCGGUGCUACUGGUGGCCGUCGCGUGCAACGUUUACGCGCAAGUACCGAGCAGCACACCUUGUUCGCUGUCGUUUUACCGGUACCUGUACAAUCUGCCGGGCGAGCAAAUCCGGCCCAACGUGCCCGAAGGCACGUACAUGUUCGGCAAACGCGUGGGCCCGCCGUUGCCUCAGGAAGGACAAGCGUCCGACUUGCGCCCGGCCGUCCUGAAGCCGGCGUCGUCGUACGAAGCGCCGUUGUACCUGCCCCCGCCGUCUACGACAACGACCACCACUACCACGACCACCCUGAAACCGUCCACGUCGGCGCCGGUGUACAUACCGCCGCCACCACCGCCCAGCCCCAUCUACCCGGCCGAAUCCAUCAACAACGCGAUCACCGUGGUCGGACCCCCGAAACCGGACUGCGACCGUCCGGAACACAAUCACCAGGCACCCGUGGACGGCGGACUGCUGCCGCCGUACCGUUACCAACCGUCGGUACCCGAAUACCGUCCGCAGCCGACCAUCGCCGUGCCCCGGUUCACGCCACCGCCCCAAAAACCCGUGGUGAUCGAAGACAACGAGAUAUUCGCCGCUGGCCAACGGGAACAAGUCACGGUACCGCCGCCACAGAUUAUCGUCCAUCACCCGAGACCAUACGGCAAGUCGCACGAACACAAGAACUGCGAGAAGCCGCGCCCGGCGCCGACCACCACGACCACGACGACCACGACGACUGAGGCCCCGACCACGACGACCGAGGCCCCGACCACGCCCGAAACCGUAGUGGAAACCAGACAGAACGAGAUCGUCAUCGUGCCGGAGCAUCCUGACUGCGAGCACAACCACAAGGCGGAAGAGGUACCGCAGGAAUCCCUGGGCGUCCCGUCCACGGACUACGGAGUGGUGCCCGUCCAAGCGUCGGAACAGGCGCCGUCCGCCGGAUACCAUUACGACGUGCCGUCCGGCCAGCCGUUCGUGUACGAGUCCGCAGCCGCGGCCAUCGCGAACGGUUACACGUACCCGAAGGCCAGCCCGUCGUUCGAGUACCCAAGCGGAUACUCGUCCCAAGGGACCGCGCUCUUCGAAUCCGAAUAUCCGAAAUCGGCCGGCGCCGAAGACGGUAACCUGAUCAUCCUCAAGGUUUAG